AUGCCACCACCACCAACAACGAACACCUUCACCCACCCCCCAGCCCUAGACCCCUACACCCUCCCCCUCCCAACCUUCCUCACCACCCCGCACACCCACACCCACACCCUCACCCCAACCACGCACAUCGUCACGGGCGCAUUAAUCUUCAACCCUAAUCCUUCAACCACCACCACCAAACUCCCCAACCACCCCCCAGAAAAACAACACAUCCUCCUCCUCCGCCGCGCCCCAACCGACUCCUACCCAGGGCGAUGGGAAGCCCCCGGCGGCUCCUGCGACGCCACCGACGCCUCCAUCCUCGCCGGCGCGGCCCGCGAGGUGUACGAGGAGACCGGGCUGCGGGUGGUACGGUUUCUGGCGCUGGUCGGGGUGGAUGCGUGGGAGGUUGUACGGGCAGAUGGGGUCAGGAGGGUGGUCAAGUUUACGUUUCUGGUGGAUGUUGAUCUCGGUCUGUCGAUGGGGGUGCAGGGGGUGCAGGGGAUGCAGGAAGAGGUUGAGAGGGAGGUUGAGGGAGUGGUCAAAAGUGGAGGCCUGGGGAUCAGGCUCGAGCCUGCCGAGCAUGAUGCGUUUGUGUGGGCGACGGAGGAGGAGGUGCGGGCGGGUGUGGUUUGUUUGCGAGGGCAGAGGGUGGGGAUGGAGUUUGUGGGGAGGCAGCGGGAGAAUUAUCUACGGGGGUUUGAGGCUGUGAGGUCUUUAGAAGGUUGGAAGUAA